GCAGCCUGUGACAUUCGAGCAUCACAAACUGUGGUAUCUGCCGUUCAGGCGCGGCCAUAAAACCGACUCAGUUCUCGAGCCCUAAUACAAUUCAUUAUCCAACCUCUCGCCCCAUGAUUGCAGCUGAGAAGAGUCCGACUCAGCGAUGCCUCCUAUGGCGCCCGGGCAUGCAUUUUGUCUCCUCCAGCGACGUAACUGCACUGGUAGUCCACCACUUCACACAGGUCCCAGUUCCCGUCUUCGCAACGAAUCUUCCGAAAAAAGUGCGUAACCUCCAGGCCGCAAUCCAUCUUAUUUCUUUCCUCCCUUGCCUCCCUUCUUCGGCUCCUUCUUCUUCUUCUGCUCGGGCUUCAAUGUCGCAAAGUGUAUGUACCAAAGAAGCACUCCCUGGAGGAUGACGGCGACGAGGACGAUCAGAAGGAUAGUAAAGAGAAUGGGCUGGUCGUUCAGAACUGCGACGGCCUCGGGGGUCGCGCCAAUG